AUGUAAAAUUCACAGUAGAUAAACAGCAAAUUUAUACUCAAUAAAAGUAUUGACCUUUAAUUGAGGAAAAAUGAAAAAUAAGGAGCACUAUCAUCAGACUAUCAACAAUCUCAGAUUGCCAACAGUUUAAAGUCUCAUAUGCUUAUUAAAGAGUUCGAUGGAGUUUUAUUUGGUGCAUAAACAUCAACUUUCGAUAGAUAGAAAGAUUCUCUUACUAAGUAGAUGAUAAAAAGACCUGAUUCUUAAUUGCCAUUUUAUGCCUGGCAAUGCUUGAGCUUUAAAACAUUAAAUAGGACUGUCGAUUUUGUGAUAAAAGAUAAUCAACAAAUUUUUUAGGUUAUUUCAGUCGUUCAACUUUUGAUGAGUAAUUUAUAAUAAGUCAAGUAACUUAAAAGAGAUCUCAAGAGGAAGUAUCAGCAAUAAAACAAAUUGCAAUCAAAAAUGAGCAAGUUAAAGAAAUCUGUUUCGAAGUAAAUACCAAAUAAUUAAGCUAACUUAUCAAAUUCAAUUUCUCAAGAUCAGUCAUUUAUUUCCUCAAGAUAAUAUGAUUAAGGUGAUAAAUCGACAAGAGUCGGAUCACUAGAAAAUAGCUUUUGCCCUGAGAUCUAGAAUGAGAGUAAAAACAUUAAAAAUGGUUUCGAAGCAAAGUUUCCUAAUUUCCCAAUAGAUAUGAGUUACUUCUCCAAAAAAGCAUUAGCAGAUAUUGAAGCCUAAAUAAGAAUGUAUAAGUUGAUGAGGAUAAAAAUGAAAAUUUCUUACGAAGCAUGUCAUAGGAGAACAUCAGUAUUAGAAACCUUCCUUAGAUCAAUCUAUCUAACCUAUAAAAAUCUUUAUAUUAACAAGCUAAGUAUUCCUAAUAACAAACCUAUAAAUGAAAUUCUUGACGAAUCCGAUGAUUCAAGGGAUGAAGAGCCAUCAUAUGUGAAUGAAUUGAAUAGUUGUGUAUAAAAUCAAAAUAAAAUUAGGAAUCAAAUAAAUCAACUAAAAGUCAUUGAAAUCUUUAAGAGAAUGAAGAGCACAAAUAAGUAUAGCAAUAUCAAAUUUUGCUUGAAAAAGCUCUAUAUCAGCAGAGAAAACUUAAAAAAAACUAUUUAUGAAAAAGAGAGAAAUUAUUUUAAGAUACCUUAGGAAUUCCGCUUAAGAAAGCUUUCUUAGUCAUAUUGGUUUUACGACCCUCUAAAAAUCAUAAUUGAAGAAGUCAUCAACAAUAAAAGCAUUUCUCUCUUUAACAUACUUAUUAGUCCAAGCAAAUUUAAAUAGGAGACAAGAUCUAAAUCAUUUAUUAAUUGUAUGUCAGUGAAAGAGAAAAAGAAUACAAAUCUAAGUGCUAAUAAGUCUAUAGAAUAGUCUGCACAAUUUUUAGUUCCUAAAACUUAAGACACGAUUCUCUCCAAAGAUCAAAUUGAAUAAACAAGAAAGGAAAUUUUGCAUAAGCAGAUUUUUGUAUAAUAGCUAGCAAACUUAUCUUUGAAGAAUUCAUUCAUCAAGUAAAAUAAAGAAUUCAUUUAAAAAACAGGGAGAGAAAUUCCACAAGAAAUAAAUCAUUAAUUGGUAAUCUUACUUAUUAGCUCAUUAUAUAUAUAGAAAAAAUAAUAUUCAACUGAACUUAAAGACAAAAGAGUUAAAGUUUUAAAAAAGGUUAAAAGACAUAGAAGUAAUGAAAAGAGAAAGAUAUAGGUCUUAAACGAAUAGAUAGACUAAGAAAUAAAAUACUUCACUCCAGUCUAUCAUAAUAUUGUUGAACACUAAAUCAAAUAGAAGUUAUCAAUCAAUCAAAUGAUUAAAGGAAACAAAGUGAUUGAGGGAUGGAUUAUGAAGAGAUAAUAGCCUUUAUCAACUCUUCGAUAACCUUAGAAUCAAUUUGGACCAAUUACAGUCAGAUAAUUGGGAGAAUCAAAGUCAUUUAGUAGCAGGAAUCAUGAAGCUACAUAGGAUAAUUCAAUUGUGAGAUUAAGCGAAGAUUCAGAGAUUUAAGUAUCAUCUUCAUCAGCUACAUCUAGUCCUGGUUCCUCCUCUAGAUAUUCAAGUUGUAUUUUAUCUGGGAUAUAGGUUUAGCCUAAUUCAAAGUUAGGUAGAUAUUAGUACAAUGAAGAGCAAUUUUAAUCUCCUCGCUAAGAUAAUUAAGUGUUUAUAUCAGAUAGAAAGCGCUAUUUAUUAAAUUUAUGA